AUGAUCAGCCAGUCUGUUGUCCAGCCGUCUUUUGACGAUUUAUAUGCUAUUAUAGAGGCUGACAGAGAGCAGUACGCUGCCGAUGAGAGGCCGAACAUGUACCCAAUCCACUCGUAUUUUUCGGCCGAAUACGUGACUCCUCAUCUCGCUUACUUGAAGUUGACUCGUCCUGGAGACAAAAAAUCGGAGCGGAGUCCCUCUUUUUUGUUUGAGAGUGCAAAGAACGGUGACCAGAUUGACCGCUACUCGUUCAUGGGCACCAAGCCUCGCAAGAUUAUCACCACAGGGCCGUUGCACGGCAAGGAAGCGGAUCCACUUAUAUUUCUGGAGCAGGAACUCAAAAACAUUCGCCAGGCGCUGCUUCCUGGUGUGCCGAAGCUUAGCGGAGGAGCGAUUGGCUACGUCUCGUACGACUGCAUCAAGUAUUUCGAGCCCAGAACCAAGCGGGACCUGAAAGAUGUCCUGGAGCUUCCGGAGGCCGCGCUGAUGCUAUUUGACUCGAUCGUCGCAUUUGACAACGUUUUCCAGCGAUUCCAGGUGAUCAGCAAUGUGACGAUCAGCGACAGCGACACCAAGGAAGAUAUUCAGAGGAAACACGCCCAGGCCGUUGAGCAGAUCCAGAAGAUCAAGCAGGUGGUCACUGCUCCCGAGGACCCGCUGAUCUACCCGGAGCAGCCAAAAAUAGUGGAAAACCAAACUUUCACCUCCAACAUCGGCCAGAGCGGCUACGAAGGGUUUGUGACAAAGCUGAAGGAGCAUAUUUUGAAAGGAGACAUCAUUCAGGCAGUUCCGUCGCAGAGAGUUGCGCGUCCUACGUCUUUGCACCCGUUCAAUAUCUACAGACACUUGAGAACGGUGAAUCCGUCACCGUACAUGUUCUACAUCGACUAUCUCGAUUUCCAGAUCGUGGGAGCGUCGCCGGAGCUGCUGGUCAAGAGCGACAACAAAGAUCGCGUCGUGACACAUCCUAUUGCGGGAACCAUCCGCAGGGGCAAGACCAGACAGGAGGACGACGAGCUGGCACAUAUCUUGCAGUCGUCGCUCAAAGACCGCGCAGAGCACGUGAUGCUGGUCGAUCUGGCGAGAAACGACGUGAACAGAGUGUGCCAGCCGCAGUCGACGAAAGUGGACCGUCUGCUGAACGUGGAGAGGUUCUCGCACGUGAUGCAUCUUGUGUCGCAGGUGAGCGGCACUCUGAGAGGCGACAAGACCAGGUUCGACGCGUUCCGGUCGAUUUUCCCGGCCGGCACGGUUUCCGGAGCCCCCAAGGUGCGUGCGAUGGAGCUGAUUGGCGAACUUGAGCGGGAAAAGCGCGGGGUGUACGCCGGAGCCGUUGGCCACUGGUCGUACGACGGAAAAACCAUGGACACGUGCAUUGCGCUGCGCACAAUGGUGGUGAAGAACGGCGUGGCGUAUCUGCAGGCCGGCGGGGGUAUCGUGUACGACUCGGACCCCUACGAGGAGUACGUCGAGACGAUGAACAAGAUGAUGGCCAACAACAACACGAUAGUGGAGGCAGAGCGGCUGUGGGCCGAAAAAGUGGGGAGCAUAUAA